AUGGAGACUUUCGAUGCGUACUUCCGGCGGGCAGACUUGGAUAUGGACGGCAGGAUUAGCGGGGCGGAAGCUGUGGCCUUCUUUCAGGGUUCCAAUUUGCCCAAACAAAUCCUCGCUCAAGUAAGUCAUACCCUAAGUUCUCUCUCGUUUAUUUUUCUUGUAAACGUCUCUGGCCAUCUUUAUUGAUACCACUCAGAUGCGAAAAGCUUGUUAGCCGGUGGAUUCCUUUGCAUGUAUUUUGGGCAAUAGUUGUAUUUCUGUUGUAGCUACUGUAGAUUUGAUUUAUUUUUUGAACUUCGCAUGUUUCGUUUUGAAUAUUUUGAUUAUCAGAUCCACCUUGGCAGAAACAGCCGAAAGGGUGAGAUCUGCCGAAACCCAUCGUACGGGGAUUGGCUAUCGACGGCCUUAAAAUUCCCGUUCGGGAUAUCCUGUUUAGCAUCAGGGUUUUUGGAUCUCUUCGAGUAGAUACCGCCUCCCCGCGGGAAACGGACAGCAUAUCAGUUUGUGGUCAGUUCUGCUGAAAAAAAAAGUUUCCCACAAUAAUUAUCUACAAGUCCAUCACUUUCCUAUUCUUUAAGCUUCAUCUGAUGAGAAUUAUUCCCUGUUUUUUUCACCCGUGACAAAAUUGUUUUUUUCCACCCGUGAAAAUACAUUAUACUUGGAGAUGACAAAUGUGAUGGUUUCAAAUCCUCUGCCCUUUCAUCAUUUCUGACAUCUUUUACAAACAUCUUUAGCCUUAGUUAUCUCAUCUUGUUUGGAAUCUUCACCUUCUGCGCGUUUUGUUUAUUUAUCUUUAAUUGAUGGUUAAUGUUAGGAUAAUAAACUUGUCAACAAACGACAAAUGGCAGGGUCCAAUCAGCAUACUCUUCUUAUAUCGCAUGUUUUAAUUUAAAAUAAAUGAAAGUACAGAAAAAAAUGGGUCACAUUUUUGGAAAAUGGAAAGCCUAAUACGACACAAAGUAAAUGCAUUUUUUCAAUGCGUCAAUAAAGGAUAUAUUGAUCUCAUCAUGUUUCCAAGGAUAUGUCUGCAUAUUUCACCAAUUAUGUUGUUUUUCUACUCUGUAUAAUGAAAAACUUUUAUCUUUGCGUGCUAUUCACAUUGAACUCCACGCCACUCUACCUGAUUUUUGCUAAAAGAUAUCGCGAGAGAGUUUCUUCCUUUUCAGAUGUGUUGAUAUUACGAAGAUAUGGUAUAUUUUUAUAGAUUUGAAUUAUUUUGAGGAAGCUAUAAGGUGCAAGAACAAGUUGCCGAUUCGUUGCUUAAUACAAAUUGUGAACUUGGUCCGUAAAGAACAUCUUCAUCAUGAUUAUUACUCUGAUGUAGAUAUGACUUAGGCAGUAAAAGCAACGAUCCUUCAUGUAAGUUAUCACGCCCAAAAAACCCACUGACUUUGGAAUAAGAGCAAUGCAUCGUAGUCUAUGCCUGACUUUUUGGAUUUUCAUGGGAACCAGUUGAAAUGAGGAAAGUUUCAGUAAAGCAUGUGAUCCUGGUAUUCAUAAGAUUCAAUCAUUUUGGCAGUGUACAUUAUGGUAGUUUUAAUGAGACGAAGAAUAAAGAAACGCAUGUGGGUGUCCUCUUAAAAAAAUUGCGGAUGCUUCUGAAAAUCUAGAUGGACACAUUGAACUAUUCUCCUCAUCUGGCCUUUAGAAAUAAAAUUGGUCAUUGCCGCAUCGUAUUAAUUUUUUUUCCUUUUUUGAUGGUAACUAUAAAUUAUCCUGAUGUUAUCAGUUUGGAAAUCUACUUUUGUGGAUUGAUUUUCAAGAUUAGGAUCUGUCUGCAUAUAUGAUUACAUUUGACAUGGGGCAUUUUGGGAUUUUCUAUUUCGCUCUCUUAUUUGCAGUAUUUGCUUUUAUUUUAAAAUCCACCCCUUCCUGUCUCUCUGGAUGAUUGCAGAUAUGGAUGUACUGUGAUUCAAACAAAACUGGUUUCCUUGGUCGAAAAGAGUUCUACAAUGCAUUGAGAUUGGUGACAGUUUCACAACGUGGGCAAGAACUAACGCCAGAAAUCGUUAAGGCUGCCUUAGAAGGCCCAGUUUCUGCUCAAAUUCCUCCACCACAGAUAAAUACUGCUUCUGUAAUGGCAACCCCUGGGAAUCAAAUUGGCAUAAUGCCAUCAGCCUCACCUCAGAAUCCGGGGUUCAGGGGGCCUCAAGUACUUUCAAAUGCUAAUGUGAGCCAGCAAGUUUUCCCCUCAGAAGGUCAAUACUUGAGACCAAAUCAAGCUACUUCUGCAGUCUCUUAUCGUCCAUUGAUUGGCCAAGGUAUUGCUGGGGGAGGCGUGGCUACAGCAGGUCCACGUCGUCCACUCUCAAACAACCCUAACAUAUUGACUGACUGGCCUAGUGGCAGGACGGGAGGAACUUCAGUAGGAGGACCUUUACAGGUUUCACAAGGCUCAGCUGCUUCAGUCAUGAAAGAUGGAUUCGGAUCAGCACUUUCUGGUUUGAAAACUUCUGCCGCUCCUAGAGCAGUGGGAACAUAUGCAGAUACCUUAUCUCUUCAACCACAGGCACUGGAUAGUCGCCAAUCAAUUCAACCUUCCGUGACGGAUUCAAAAACGGUGGUUACUUCAGGAAAUGGGUUUAACUCCGUUUUUGGGGCUGAUGUUUUUACUGCAGUAUCUCAGCCAAAGCAAGAUGGUUCCAGCAAUGCUCCUACUCCAUCUCUCAUGGGGUCCAUGAAUUCAGGAAUGCAGACUUCAUUUAGACCAGUGCAAAAUCUUCAGACUCAGAGCAGUUCAACUGUACCCCAUGGCGGUAGUCAGCUUCCUGGGACUCAAUUGCUAGUUAAACAAAGACAAAAUGAACCUGCCCAAAGCACUUCAGCGCAUGCUGGCCUAUCUUCUAUCUCUUCUGGACGCCCUUGGCCAAGAUUUUCUCAAACUGAUGUUCAGAAGUAUAGUAAAGUCUUUGUGGAAGUAGACACGGACAAAGAUGGAAAAAUCACUGGUGAACAGGCACGUAAUCUGUUCCUGAGUUGGAAGCUUCCAAGAGGUAGAUCUUGUUUUACAACAGAUGGAAGUUCAUGCUUAUUUUGUUAGAACUGUACAGCCCUAGGACAUACCCUAGAAGGGAAAUGUGCAAACCAAUGGGACGAAAUACUUAUCAGACAUAAGACACCUAUAUCACUGUCUGUUUGUCCAUUUCAACAAUUAUCUGAUGAUAAUCAAGCCUUUCGGAAUACGCCUUAUAGAUCAUUCACUUCAACCGUAAUUGUCUUUCAUUUGUGCCUUCAAUUUUUUAGCUUUAGGUUUUAUUUUCAUAUAAGUGUAUUAUCGAACAUCCAGAACAUUCUUAUUAAUAUUUUUUUUGAAAAUCUGAAUAUUUUUUUUGCAUUAAGUGUUACCUUUACUCUUUGAUGCCUUAUUUUCUCUUUUGUUUGUCAGCAUAGAUACCUUGUAUAUGGUUCUUUUUCAUCUAUUUUGUUUUCGUUUUCUGUGUUUACAUCUUGAGCUUGACGCUCGGAUUUGGUGUUUGUCUAUCAUGUCCAGAGGUCUUAAAGCAGGUUUGGGACUUGUCUGAUCAGGACAAUGAUAGCAUGCUUUCUCAUAGAGAGUUUGUUAUUGCUCUGUAUCUAAUGGAACGCCAUCGAGAAGGGUAUCCUCUUCCAGCUGUGCUACCCAACAGUAUUAAGUUUGAUGAGAUAUUGUUGCAAGCAACAAGUGCUCCUCCAGCUUGGCAGCCGACCCCUGGUAAUUAAUUUAUAACAAUAUUCAUCUCGCUGAGUAAAAGAAUAAGCAACGAAUCGAGUCCUUUGGUAUCUGUUUCUGUCUAGUUAUCUCCAUGAAUCUUGCAUGCACCCUAAUUCCUGUCAGCCAAAGUUUUGGGUACCACUUUCUGUCGAUCACCUCCAUGGAUCUCACAUGCACAAUACUUCUCGUCUGUUAGGUCUGUCACACCAAAUGAUGAUGCCUGGGAUGCGCCCUGUGCUUCCUGCUGCUGGAUUCAGGCCACAGGCACAAGUUCUAGCUCCUCAGCAGAUUAAUGCUGGAUUGCUGUCAGCACAAAAAAACCUAAGUGGUCCAGUGUCGGGGGAACACCUUGCUGGCCAUCUUAGGAAAGAAGAUCAGAAUGGUCCUAAUUUGAAUUUUCAAGAGGAAACAGAUCCCAACGAGAAGGUUUUGUCCUGCUGCUUCGUGUAUCUGUCUUUCUGUUCAGUAGUCAUGAAUUCUCUUUUCUACACUUAGAAAAUAAGAGGGUUCUGUGUGACUUGGAUCAUUGAGUUGCCGGGCUUGCACUGAAUGACAGUGGCAAGUUACUCAAUUUUUCUCUGCAGUGAUUAGAUGAUACAUGUGUCAUGCUGUGGUUUACUACUUUUCUGAUCUCCUGCACUCAUGGUACACUCAUUUUCUGAUCUCUUAUCCCUCUUCAAACAAAAGAUGCAGGAGCUAGAGAAGGAGAUACUGGACUCGAAAGAGAAGAUAAACUUUUAUCGUAGCAAGAUGCAAGAACUUGUGAGUCAUGUUUUAAUGUGGAACUUUUUUUGGAUGCGGUAUAUUCAUUAGUCAUGAAAAUGAAGCCAAUGACAAUUCUUUAAUAAAUGCUAUUGAUUUACUAAGUUCACUAAAUUUCAACUUUUGAAAGCAACAUUCUUGUGCUGAAAUUAUUUACAACCGCAAUCUGAAAUACUGCAUUCAAGGAACUCAGAAUCCUAGUAUCAUUCAGAUGGUGACUGGUGCUUCUUAUUUUUUAUCGAUGCAUCUUGUUAUAACUUUGAAAUAUAGCGAUAUGGGGUUAGAUAAUUAUAUAUUUGAUUUUCACGAGCACGGAGGAUCAUUGGCAGAAGUGAAGAUGAUUUUUUGUGGUAAUUAGGAAACUUAUUAUUGAGUUUGGUUUGGGUUUUGAUAAAAGGGGUGCUACUAAACAUUUUCUCAGUAAGGUUGAUAGAAAACCAGAGUCAGAGGAGAUGACAUAAAGAAGCAAGAUAGGCCAUCGUCAGGCAGUGUGUAUAAUAGAGGAAGGUGGUUCUGGCUCCUCAGGCUGGGUUUCCACGAGUCCAUGGUGGACUUUUUCUCUAACAAAUCUGUAUCAGAGCGUGUUUUCUUCUUCUUCCAUCUAGUCUCUGCUUCCACUCCUUUCUUUUCUUUUCUCUGGUAGAUGAGUUCAAAGAAUGCAGUGUUCCUUCUCUCUUUUCUACUUUUCCUUUUCAUCAUUUACUUUGCUUUCUUUUCUUCUUCCUGAGAUAUAUUGUUUGGAACUUAUUGGAUACUUUGAAUAAGGCUAAAGUUAUUCAAUUCUCCCAAAAAUGAGUACUGGUCUUGUUCUGACUCAUACUUUCGAUAAUGAUGUAAAACGCUGAACCUUUUUUUUUGGAUGUUUCCAACUUGGAGCAGUCAAUCUAGCCAACUCAUGUUUAGUACAUAUAGUAGACUAGUUCAGUUUAUAUUUCUGAUAUUUGUUUAGCUGUAUCGUAAUACUUGCUUAAUUUUGACUUUGUGCACGUUAUUCAAGGUACCUCCUGAGCAAUAAGUAAACUUCUGUUUUCACUUGCAUGAGCAGCCCAAUGCAAAUUCACAUUCUUCAGAAAGCAUUCUGGCCAUUUGCACAGCGUGUUCGGCCAGAUAUGAUGCAUGCUAUCUCCUAUCAAACACUUUAAGAACUAAAUUAAGUUAAUUUUUUUUAUUAUAUAUGUUAAAAACAUUUAAAAAAUAAACUACGUAAAGAUGUAUGGCAUAAUAUAAUAUAUUUCUUUAAAAUAAAUCAAAUAAUUCCAUUCUUAUAAUUUUAUUAUCAUGUAUUUCGUACAUACAUGCGUACAUAUAUACAUGUUUUGUAUGCUUUCUUAUAAUUUUAACAUACAUUCAUAUGUAUAUAAGUUAAAAGUAUAUGUAUACAUAAUUGGAUGUUUAGUAUAUUUUAUUUUAUCAUGCUCUUUUUUUCUCUUUCACGUUUUUUUCUUUUCUUCCUUCUUUUCUUACGUUUAGUAUAAGUUUCAAUUUAUGAAAGAUUACUGUGCUCUUUAUUUGGUUGGUUCCCUUAUUAUUGGGCAACUAAUAGCAGCUAGGAUUUAAGGCGUUUUCUAUGGAGAAGCCUCUCCUUGCUGAUCUUGGGUGACUCUUGCAUACUAAAUCGAAGGUUGGUGUUAGUCUGCUUGCGGGCUAAAACACUAUUGAAAAGCCUCUGUGCUUUUUGAGCAUGUUCUAGGCUGGCCAUGUAUUGAUAGAUGUUGGAAGUUCUAGGUCGUAGGGAAAUAGUGUAAUUAUUUGAGAGUGUUUUGGCAAAAGUUGUGUAUUGUUACUCCUUAUAUAAUGGGGGUUAGAGUCGAAUGAAUCUUGAGACAGUUUCUGCUGUUCUCCCCUCUGUUCUUCGUGACGAGGUUUUUUUCUCCAUUUACAACAAUAAAAUAAAUAUUUACAAUGUUGAUUAUAUUACAAGCCAUUGGAAUGCUAUUACCAUACAUUUAUGUGGUAAAUUGUUUCAUUCAGUUUGAUCAUGCCAUGUCUGUAUUGGUUUGUAAUUAAUCCUUUCUGUUCUAGGUACUGUAUAAAAGCAAGUGUGAUAAUAAGCUGAAUGAGAUCACUGAAAAGGCUUCAGCAGAUAAACGUGAGGUACUGCUUUUUUAAAGCAAUGAAUAUUGACCUUCACAUUCCUCGUUUAAGUUUUCUCUCCCUCAUCUUCUAGUGCUGUAUUCAGUCAGUUUACUCUGUUGUCCUUUCUCGAUGGAAUGGAAGCAAAACAUUGCCUAGGCAUCUAUUGGUGUUUAAAUGUUUUCUCUGAUGAAAACAGGCAUAAACAAUGGAGUUUCAGCCAUUUUUUCUUUUUUUUACCUGUACUUUGCAUUUUCUUUUCACUUUUAUGUUGGAGUCCUAACAUGACAACUACUUGGGAGCAUACGUUUUGAUCUCGACUUUUCCUGUGGCUUGUGCAUAAAUAAAUGGAUUGUUUCUAUGUUUAGUUACAUCAUAAGAAUAAUGGAACGAGUUUGUCAUUCGAUGCAACGUCAUUUGAAGUUGAUAUAUUGCUUUGCUCAUUUAUAUCCAACUGUGAUGUUGCUGUUUUUACUAAUAUUUUUUGUUUCUCUUUUAGUUUUAUUUUUUUCUCCUAUAUUGAAAAUAGACUUGUUCAUAAAGAAACCAUAGUUCAAAUCUUUCGUUCUUUUUUGUGUUUUGAGUCUCUCUGCGGGAUUGAACAUGCUAUGUUUAAUGAUUUUUUUCCUUGUAAUAGAUAGUUGGAAGUUCAGUCAGAUGACAAACAUGUGCUAUAAUCAAGUAUUUGUUAUGUAAUCAACUUUUGAACUUGAAUAGGUAUCCUAGUUUUCUUGACUGUGUUGGGCUUGGAGUUAUCUUGAAGUUGAGAAUAGAGCCAAACACAGUACAUGUGCAGUCCAUAUGAUCAGUUGGCAAUAGUUUUUCUUGGGUAUGGUUCUAUAUGACGACUGGUUUUUCCAGGACCUGCACCCACUCUUGCUUCACGCGAAUUUCUAAUGUCAAAAGAUACAUAACUUACGCGUUGAUGAUUGGAAUUUGAUCCAUGUACAAGGUGGAAUUUUCAAUGCCCCAGGAAACGGACAAAUAGUCUUUGGGGUAAAUAAUAAGCUGUGUGAGGACAAACGAGAACACUGACAAACAUCAUCUCUAGAUUCAAAGGUGCUUGUGACAAUAAGGAACAAAUAUUGUGGCUAGAUGGAUGAGAUAGAACGGGAAUAGCCCAUUUAUUCCUCUGAGGGAGAGUUAUCAUUUUUUUUUUUGGACAGCAGUUGUUCUAUAUAUGACUAUUCAUUUCUCAGAUGGGGCAGGAAUGUUUUAAACAAGAGGUCAGCGCAGAAUAACCUUCACUAUAAAAAUGAACUGAUCAUCGAGUCCUGCACAUGGUAGAGGGAGUAUUUCACAUUUUAAAUGUCUGUAAUUUUCUCUUAAGUUUGCAUUUCUUCAGAGAUGAGUUCCUUUAAUUUUAAGUAUCCUGUACUACAACGCGAAGAAUAUUGUUUGUACAAUGUGCAAGUUUUCCUGUCGAGACAGACUACACAGUAACAUACAAACUUUCAGGUUGAGUUCGUCGCGAAAAAAUAUGACGAGAAGUACAAGCAAGUUGGCGAUUUGGCUUCAAAACUAACAAUCGAAGAGGCAGCUUUCCGUGAUACUCAGGUAGCUGCUGCAGUAAAUUUCAACUCUGCUGCCUUUGGAUAAACUAAUUUUUCGUAAUGUAUAUGUAGCAAAGAAAAUCGGAGCUACAUCAUGCAAUCACCACUAUGGAGAAAGGAGGAAGCGCAGAUGGCUUACUUCAGGUGCACUUGUUUCUCUGUUUUUUUCCCCCAUUUGGAGGAUAAAAUAAUACAGGUGUUUAUAAAUCAUUGAAUUGUAAAAUUAUAGGUUCGUGCCGAUCGGAUUCAUGCUGAUCUUGAGGGACUAUUGAAAGCUUUGAAUGAGCGAUGCAAGAAGCAUGCCUUAGACAUCAAGUCAACUGGAAUAGUCGAGCUUCCAUUUGGUAUCUUCAUUUUCAAAAAUAUGCAAAUUCCUAAAGUAUACGUAGUGUUCUGUAUCUGUUGCAUUCGGAGCUUGUACUUUUAUAAUGUUUUGGAAAAUUUUAGAAGGUUAAUGCUGCAUCUGAAGUUGUCAUAAAUUAGCUUCUUAAAUGAACACCAUCAUUCUGGUAAUUGGUUCGGAAAAUUGUUAUUACCUUAUGAAACCUGUGAAACACGAGGGUUUUCCUGCACUUAACUAGGGAUGCAAUAAUUUUAGUUGGGCCUCUCCUGUCUUUGCUGUUAAAUUUUCAUUCUUCAGUCGGAAAAAUCUGUCCUAAAGUUCUAUGUAUACAAAGACAUUAUCAUUUUAUAUGAUACAUAUACAUAAAUAUCUGUGUUAUACAAACAAAUACCCAUGAAUGGCUCUCUACACACAUACAGAUUGUAUUCCUUGUUUGAGGAGGUUUGCUAUGCCGUACAAAUAUUUAUGGAUCUCCAAUGAGUCCUUGGAUGAAGCCUGAAUAACACGAUUUUUUUUCCUGUUCUGUUCACGAAGGUCACCUCGUAUUUUGCCAUUGGGUCUUGGCUAAGCAUGCAUUGACGGAUUUCAUACACAGAUAAAAUCUUUUGUCCAAUUUUGUGUCUCAGCCAAUUAAAAGCUUCACCUUACGGUAUAUUAAAUAGUGUUGGUGCUGACUUUAAUCCUAAAUAUCGUGGAAUAUUGCAUAGGCAGGUGCACGCAUGCAUAUGAGCAAAAGAUGUUGUAGUGUUAUUGCCUAUUAUGUAGCUUGGACCUGGGUUUAGUCAGUAUAUGUGCACGGAAGUUUUUAUCUGAAUGUCAAUGCAUGUGUAUGGAGGCGAGAAUUGUAUGCAUCUUUAAUUAAAAAAUAACUGCUGAUAGUAUUUGGGUGGGCCCAAUAUCUUUAAACAUUUUUUUGUUUUUGUCAUAUUUUGCUAUAGGCCUUCACUUUGAUAUGAAAGCAUUAGUCAUAAUGUUCAAGCAAAGCAUUUGAAUGAAUAGCUGUUACUUUCUCACAGUUUCUUAAUGAUGUCUCAUGAAGAUGCAUAAUUCAUGAGAUACCCGUCAUUGUUUUUUUCUUUUAUUCGCUGUUCAAUUAUGCCUUUUUGUCUCACAUUUAAUUUUUCACAUUCUUUGAGGUUGGGAACUUGGUGUGCAAGAAGGAGCGACUGAGUGGGAUGAAGAUUGGGAUAAAUUCGAAGAUGAAGGUGGGAUAUGUUGGAGAAAGUGAUGUAUUCCUUUCUUUUUUAGGGCCUUUACUGAAUAUCUUCCUCGAAAACAUUUAUACCUGACAUGUUGAAUGCAUGUUCUGCUUAUUUUUAUCUCACUUUAUCUGAUAUUGCUUAACACAUUUGUAAUACAUCGUAUUUUUCUAUCUGAGGUAACCAAGAAAUGCAUGGUCAUACUGUGAUUGAUGUCAUGUUGAAAUGUAGAACCAAAGUCUUCUCACCUGUGAUCAUGCGCAUUAUUGUAUAAAUGCUUUCGCUAGCUUUCAUGAUGCUUGAUCUGGAUUAUGAAUUUGUGUGUUCCAUUGCUUGGAUUUCAUUUUCAUCAUAAUUUUUACGCUUCCUAUUUUAUGAGCAUUUCCUGCCGCAUUCAGGUUUUUCACUUGCUAAGGAGCAGGAUAACUACUCAAAUACUAAGCACCCCUCAGCUUGGAUAGGAAAAAGUUCAAUGGAUGACGUUUCUUCUGUCACUUCCUCUACAAAUGCUGACAUGGAAAAACCUUCAAGUUUUAAUAAGCGGGCAUCCGACAAUAAAUCUGCUUAUGCUCAGAGUGAAGAUGGUUCAAUUGAAUAUCCUUCUGGUAGUCAAUUUCAGGAAUUCCCUUCUGCACAUUUUGAUGUGCAUGAUGCUUCACCCCGAGCUGUUGAAAGUCCAAGGUAUUCUGAGUACCUGUUUUCUACUUCCCUGCGUGAUCACGAAAUUAGUUACUUCAUCUUUGAUUAUAUUAUUAGAUUUAUCAAAAAAAUCUAAUGUAUCCUUUUUGGUCGUCUGUUUGAGUUAUUUGUUCCUCGUUCAGAUACUUUUUUUCAUGAACUGUUACUGCUUGUGGUAAAAAAAUAGUUUCUCUUUUACUCUGAAUAAAUACUUGCUACUUCAAAUCGGAAUAAUAGAAUGUGGACGAGCGUAAUUGAGUGUAAACUCCGCAGAGAGCGAGAGAGAGAGAGAGAGAGAGAGAGAGAGAGAGAGAGAGAGAGAGAGAGAGAGAGAGAGAGAGAGAGAGAGAGAGAGAGAGCAAGGACUAUGGGCUGGGUGAUGGCAGGGACAUUACUUGAAGCACUUCAACUCUGAUUGAUCAUAUCAAGCUUGUUAUAUAAGAUCGAAUACCUUCUAGACAAAUUAGCCUUGUUAAUAUAUCUGCAGUUUGACAUUCUGAUCUUGUGUAAGUGGCUCAAAGCUUUUAUAUCCCACAUCUUCCCUUAUAAAAUGAAGGUUUACUUCCAAGACAUUUAAUUCUUUUAUGAAAGAUUAUAUUGACGGCAAUAAAGACGGCAAUUCGCUUGGCAUAGUUCAUAUUGACUGUCUUUUUACAUUCGAUACUAAGAAUUAUAGCCGAGAGAUUCUAACGACAUUAAUUCUCAAUACGAGUCUUCCACACUUGAUAUUGUUUUACUAGUCUUUUUCUUGCUUAUCAAAAAGACUACUGGGUCAGGGCAGCAUCUACAUUAAUAUUCAACCUGGCAUAGUUAGCAUAAGAAAAGCCAUGAUGCUCAUAUCUUCCUUGUUUUCAGCGUUGGAGACCUUUGCUUUGAGAACCCUUCUCGUAUCUCCAGAUUCCCACAACAAUGUCAGAAUCAUGCGUAGGGUUUCUCCAUGAACUGACUAAUCAUCUUGAACGACAAAUGUAAUAUGAUUGUUUAGUCGUCGUCAGAUAUACAAGUUUAGCAAGAUGAAAUCCUCAUCAUUUUCAAACCGGUAGGGCAGGGCUUCCUUCCAUAAGAGGAGGGCCUUCAGUUUUUGCAUGAAGUACGCCAACAUCUUGAAGAAGAUCUAUCACAUAUUUCCUCUGAGAUAAUACAGCACCUUGCUUUCCAUGGCCACUUAUCUCCCCAGCAAGUAUAUUUAUUUAGCAAAAUCCUUGGAGAUGAGCUAUCUCCUUGAAUCCUUCUUUGCCCUCUCAAUGUCUUCAGCGUCACUACUAGAGCAAAUAAUAUGCAUUUUUUUUCUCCGAUUUACUCUAUUUUCCUCUCCUCUGGCUCGGAUUGCUCCCCUUCCCUUUCCUUUUUCGUCAUACCUCACGGCCUCACAAACUUGCGCCUGUAUCAGUCAUACUUCUGCUUUCUUUUAUCUCAAAGAUAUGGGUUAUUAUAUCUGCAGGGACCAUGUUCGUGAUGGAUCCACAAACUCCAUGGGAAAUUUCGCUGACGAUACAUCCUGGGGCGCAGCUUUCGAUAUGAGCAACGACGGUGACUCUGUUUCAGACUUCAGCACCAAGGUAACCCUAGUUCUUCGAUCAUCUCCUUCGGCUCCAAAGCCUCAUGUUGUGUGUUGGUAGAAGCAUUCUUGCGAAUGAUUCUCCGUCACAAACCCACCGAUGCAGGAAUCUUACAAUGGCAGCAGACGGGAUUCCUUCUUUGAGACUGGAGACUUUGGCCUGAACCCAAUAAGAACAGGGUCUCCAGCUGCCGGCAGUGAAUAUGGGCGGAGAGAGAAGGCCACCAUAUUCGCAGACUCGGUCCCUGGAACCCCGCAGUUGAGCUACAGCUCCUCACCGCAUUUCAGCGAAGGACCCGAGUCCAACAACGCCUUCGAUGCCUUCGGCCGGUUCGAUUCCUUCAGCACGACCAAUAGCGGGUUGUUCUCACAGCGCGAGACUUUUGCGAGGUUUGACUCUAUUCGCAGCACCUCGGACCAAAGUCAAGGCUUCGGGUUCGAUGAUUCAGAUCCUUUUGGCUACACCGCGCCGUUUAAAGCUCUGGAAAGCAGUGAUUCGAAGCGAGAUUCCAGCAAAUGGAGUGCGUUCUAG